AGGGGUGUAGGAGAGAGGGCGAGAGAGAGAGAGAGAGAGAGAGAGCUACGGGGACAAAAAGGGUGUGAACACGCUCGUACCCCCCUCUUGGUCCUGUCUUGUGGCACUGGCCACUGGUACGAGUGUCUCUUUCAGCCACAGAAUAUUUAAAAGUUGGGCAAAGUACACGGCAGCAACAGGACCUCCCAAACAACUGGCCUUUGCACCCCCCUCCAGCGGUGGCAAGACAGGGAGCAGACCUCCACCAUCAUCCAGUGCCCCCCUCUCCCCCAAUCACUCCUGCCGAGGAUCAGCAUGUGGAUUUUACCCCCGUUUGUCGCCCUGGCGUUACUGGGAUUCUCCCGCUCAGGCACACUGGAUAGCAAGAUUCCCGCGGUGGUUUCACGUAGCUGCAGCUAUGUUGGAGUUUUCCAUGCAGUGGGAGGCUUCCGCUACGCCCUAGACUUCCAGCAAGCAGAGAACGUGUGCAGGAGCCUGGGGACCACGCUGGCCUCCUUGGAGAACAUCACAGCAGCCUACAACAAAGACAUGGAGAUAUGCAGAUACGGCUGGAUCAGCAAUGGGAACGUCACCAUUCUCAGGAGAACACCUCACCCCAACUGUGCCAACAACUUAACAGGAAUUUUAUAUUAUGUGAAUACCUCAGUCCCCCUCAUGCACUUUGACGCCUACUGCUUUGACGAAAAGGAUCUUUCAGACAAGAACUGCAGCGCCGCUUUCACUCGUAAAAACAACGACACGGACGAUGUUCCCGCAGGAGAUGAUGCGAUGGGAACAACAGAGACCGACAGUUCAGAUGAGACAUUUCAGACGUACACCUCUGCCACGAAUGAGUGGGUCAGUCCCUCAGAUUCCGAAGGUGACACUACGGUGAUCCCUGACCCCGUGACAUUCACAGAAGCAUAUAAAAGCCCCAGUCCAACAGAAACACAGAACAGAACAGACAGAGGAAUUGAGGUGGAGGACAGGUAUGAUGUGGUCUCCACGCUACCAACGAUCAGCAUCACCUCCAGCCUGGAAGAGGAAUCUGACGGCAUAACCGGAUCAGGGACACCGCCGGACGAAAGUACCCCGACGUCUGAUGUGUCAGACAAUAUAGUAAACAUACAAGAUAAACAGAAUCGCAUGGUACCGGGUGGUGGAGAAACCAAGAAUAAUAAUGGGAGCGUACCAGACUGGCUGAUCAUCUUGCUCGUGGUCUUGCUGGUGGUGCUCAUCGUUCUGGCAGCUGUUGCCGUUACGAAUAGGAAGAGAUGGUGCGGAAAACAUCAGACUCUGAUGAUCACCAAGGAUGGAGGUGAAGGGAACGGGGCAGCGGCCGGGGCUGGAGCCAGCUCGCGAGCUGAGGAAAGAGAGCAGGAGAUGGUGACGCUGAUGCACAAGGAGGACAUCCAGGAGAACGGCAAAAAGGAGGAUUUCACCGUCAUUGCUCUAGAGGAGUCACCAGAGAAGGCCGAGUUGGCGUGAAAUGAGGGUGGGAUGACAGGGAGGGGCUUUAGGGAGGCGUGGCCCGAGCAAACCUGGGUACUUGGCCUAUACCAGCAGAUGUUUUGAUGUAUGGUUUGGUCUGAUAAACGUGAUGCAGUACUUAACUUGUUAAAUGUGUAUUUGAGAGGGAGCACUGACUCAUUUAACCUGCUGAUUAAUCCAAACGUACCAUCACUAGCCACCCUGAAGCAGAUCAAAAUCCAGACUUGCUGUGGCGUGUCUUCUAGGUCCAAGAGCUACAUAAAGCGUGAGCUAAGGGGAGAGCGUAGGAGAGGUUGGGUGGGUUGAUAAGGAAAAAAAUCAGUUGGGGGGGGGGGGUAUUACUGGGAGGUGAACUGAAAUUCUCAGAGGCCAGGGAAUGAAGGAAAGGAUGUAUAUAUAUAUAAAUAUGGUAUUUUCUGAAUCACACACCUGAAACAAGAGAAUUGCAGACAACCAUCAUGACAGGGGUAGGGUGGGAUGGGGGGGGGUAGUAAUACUAGUUGUACAGUUACAGUAUACUAGUUGACAACUUUACAGGAUAAUCUACCGUUGUGCAAAUCAUUUCUAAGUGAUUGCUUUGAGUUUUAUUUGUAUGUUUCUGUUGGUGUGCCCUGUGGAUUGGGAUGUAUUUUCUGUCCCUGACUGUUGACUUUUUUGUAUUGUUCUGUAUAUACUGUUUGUAUUUUACAAUUUGUACCCCAUUUAGGCUCCAUUAUAAAAUCAGAUGCCGGUUCUUUUUUUUUCUUCUCUCAUAGUAAUUUAAUUAAAAAAAAUGGAAUAUGAA